UGAGAGGAGAGUAGCAAGAUGGCGGCAGCGGGUGACCGGCGAGUCGGGUUCAGGGUCCGGGUGGAGUGCUUGUGCUCCGGUGUCAUUCCGCUGCUGCUGGUGUGGCUCUGCACCGCAGCUGCCGAUCAGACCGAGGAGUACCUGAAGAGGGAGCACUCGCUGAGUAAGCCCUAUCAGGGGGUGGGCUCUUCUUCUUCAUCACUAUGGGACUUGAUGGGCAGUGUGCUGGUUACUCCUCAAUAUGUCCGCCUGACCCCGGACUUACAGAGCAAACAAGGGGCUGUGUGGAACCGAAUGCCCUGCUACCUACGGGAUUGGGAGCUACAAGUUCACUUCAAAAUCCAUGGACAAGGCAAGAAAAACCUAGUCGGUGAUGGUUUUGCCAUCUGGUUCACCAAGGAUCGAAUGCAGGAAGGCUCCGUGUUUGGAAGUAAACAUAACUUUGUGGGGCUUGGAGUGUUUGUGGACACGUAUCCGAACGAGGAGAAGCAGCAUGAAAAGAAAAGGUACUCCGCAGGGAAUCAGCGUAUAUUUCCUUAUGUGUCGGCAAUGGUGAGCAAUGGAUCGCUGAUAUAUGAUCACACCCGGGAUGGCCAUCCUACUGAGCUCGGGGGAUGCACAGCCAUGGUUAGGAAUCUCAACCACGACACUUUCCUUGUCAUACGCUAUGUAAAGCGUAGGCUGACGAUCAUGGUUGACAUUGAUGGAAAGCAGGAAUGGAGGGAUUGCCUGGAUGUUCCUGGUGUGCGCUUGCCCCGUGGUUAUUACUUUGGGGCUUCAGCAGCUACAGGAGACCUUUCAGACAACCAUGACAUCAUCUCUCUGAAGUUGUACCAGAUCACCGUGGAGCGCACGCCGUCGGAGGAGAAGAUGGACAAGGAAGUUUUCCUUCCAACUGUCGAUAACAUGAAGCUGCCAGGAGUGGAGGAUUCGGCGGAGUCCAUGAGCGGUUUUGCACUCUUCCUAAUUGUCUUCUUCUCGCUGCUCGGCGUGGUCUUUGCCGGAGUCAUACUGCUCAUUGUGUACAACAAGUGGCAGGAAAGAAAUCGGAAGCACUUCUACUGAUUCCACGUGCCACGUUCUAAGUCUUUGGUGCCCUUAUGAGACUUGCAGACAACGUCCUCGGUGGAGAGUCAUUCUGUGAAUGGGUCAGAAUAUGAAUCUGAAGCGGCCGACUCUGCUCCUCUCGGUUUUAAACACUGGUUUGUUAUUCUGUAAGCUGCUACUGAAGACUUGUCUAUCUGUAACAGAUCCAUGGAGUUUUCAUAUUGAUGUCUUUGGCUGAAUAUUUCACCUACACAUAAUGGUGGCCGCCAAGCUAUCGGGGAAACCAGCUGUCAUGGGUCUCCUGGCUAUGGGCUUACUAUUGGCAUUGGGACCAAAGUGCCUUCUGCCGUAAGGGUGGCAGCAAUUCACAGUGAGUUCCCAUGUGAAUACUGGUUAAGCCCGUAUAAUAGCGGCCACCGUUAUAUGUAGGUGACAGGAGCCAUUGAAGAAAAAGCUGAAUGUAACGCAAUCUCUACACAUUGUGUUUUAUUACCUGUCCAUAAUACCCCAUAUCAGAUGGACCACCGCAGUAAUACACGAGUGCACAAGGUACAAGGCUCUCGUGUAAAUUAAAGGGUUUUCCGACAUAUUUUUACUGAUGACCUAUCUUCUGGAUAGGUCAUCAGUAUCUGAUCGGUGGGGGUCCUACACUCGUGACCGCCGCUGAUCAGCUGUUUGAGUAGGCACCGGCGCCCCUGUGAGCACCGCGGCCUUCUCUAUGCUCGCCAAGUACAGCGCUGUACGUUG